AUGCCUCUCAUCAAAGAUCAAUUAUCAUAUAGAAUAGCACUCCUACCAGGAGACGCGCACGGAUCACAACUUGCAUCAUGCGUUGAACAAAUCUUGUAUGUGAUCGAACAAAUUCGUCCAGAUGUCGCAUUCCAAAUAUCCAGACACGAUUUUGGAGGCGUGGCGUUAGCAGCUGGCCACCAAAGCUCCCUCCCAACCUCCACUCUAGAAGCAUGCCGCCAAUCCGAUGCUGCCGUCUUGUGCUCCUGCGGUGACCCUAGGUACGGCAUACAGCCAGAAAUGGGACUGCUGGCCCUUCGACAAGAACUCGGACUAUUCGCCAAUAUCAGACCGGUCAAGUUUCCGUCUGAGUCGCUUGUACCACUCAGCUCUUAUAAGCCAGAGGCAGUGGAGGGCCUUGAUAUCACUUUCUUUCGGGACUUGACGGGUGGUGCUUACUAUGGAGAGAAACAAGAAGCAGGAGAGGAUCGUGAAGCAUAUGACACCACCAGCUACUCUCGUUUUGCCAUUCAGAGGUUAGCAAGGCUAGCUGGUACAUAUGCCAUGCAAUUCAACCCCCCGAAACCGGUGCACUCUGUUGACAAAGCCAAUGUCAUGGCCACUUCUCGAUUAUGGAGAUCUGUCGUCACUAAAGUUUUCAACCAUGAGUUCCCUCAGGUUCAGCUGGACCAUGUUCUGGUUGACAAUGCCUCGAUGAUACUGUCAUCAAAUCCCCAAAGCUUGAACGGAAUCAUCUUAACUGAGAACAUGUUUGGCGAUAUUCUGUCAGAUCAGGCUUGUGGAAUACUCAAGUCGCCAGAUAUUCUGGCAUCAGCGGCUGUGUCUACUAUUCACGGUAAAGGCAAGGCACCUGGUGUCUUCGAGCCAUUCAACCUCAAACCAAGAGAGGGUGAAGUGAGCCCACUUAGUAUCGUCCAAGCCGUCGGGAUUAUGCUUGAGCUGUCACUGGGUUUGAAGACUGAAGCCGCAGCAUUGACAAAGGCUAUCCGACGAACUCUUGAUCCUAUAGAACAAGUUGGAUCUGACACGAGGACGUCUGACUUGGGCGGGACCGCAUCACCACAAGAGUUCAUGGAGACCCUCCUACACAACUUUGACUACUAUUUAGAGGCUCUGAACUCAGCCGAUGCUCAAGCUCUCCCGGUACCUACUUUCCCACCCUCAUCACCCAGGCAGGCCACGUAUGCCCGGCCUAUGGGAGUCAUUGAGAAGAUCUUGACGCACGCUGGCAUUGGUCUGAGUAGGACAUACGUCGAGACAGGAGACAUGAUCUGCGUCAAGGUCGAUUGGACGCUCACAUCCGAGCUUCUCUGGGGCGGCAUGGAAAAGACCUAUGACCAAAUGGGAAGACCUCGUCCAUUCCGCAACGAUCGUCUCUGGCUUGCAGUGGAUCAUACUGUUGACCCACGCACAAACCAUCAACCUCGACAGAAAGGUCUGAUCGCUAAAGCUGAGCGCUUCAGACGAGAGGCCAAGAUCAUUGACUUCCUUCCUGCCAAUACGAGUAUCAUGCACACUGACUUUACUCGUGAGCGUGCCCAGCCUGGCCGUAUCGUUGUUGGAAGUGACUCGCAUACAUGCUCAGCGGGUAGUAUGGGUUCUUUCGCUGUUGGCUUUGGAGCAGCUGACGUUGUCAUGCCGAUGGUCACUGGUGAGACCUGGUUUCGUGUACCUGAAGUUUGCAGGAUCAACUUCGUGGGGAAAUUGCCUUUUGGUGUUGGUGGAAAGGACGUGAUUCUUCAUAUACUCGGCCUCUUUAAGCGCAACACCAUUGCCUUUCAGCGAGCUGUAGAAUAUGGGGGUCCUGGUCUGAAGGAGCUAUCCAUGGAUGCUCGAUUCGCCAUUGCCAACAUGACAACCGAAUUUGGGGGCAUGGGCACUUGUUUCGAAGCUGAUGAAGAGACCUCAGCAUGGAUCGCACGUCGAAAGCUCCCCGAGCAUCGUGAAGGUGGUCUCUUCUUUCAGGCCGACCCAGACGCUCAAUAUGUCGAUGUGAGAACUAUUGAUCUGUCAGAAGUCCGUCUCACGAUGGCGAUGCAUCCAAAUCCGGAUGAUGUUGUUCCGAUACAUGAAAAGGCUGGUAUGAUACUUGAUGGAUGCUUCAUUGGUGCCUGUACUACGACUGAAGAGGACCUAAUCGUCGGCGCUCUGGUGCUUGAGGCUGGGUUGUACGCAGGUAUGCGACCAUCUCGCCACGGGAAACGCCGCGUCACACCAGGAAGCCUCAUCAUAAUCAAGAACCUUGAUAAGCAUGGCCUGCUGGACACUUACAGGCAAGCUGGCUUUGAGAUCGGUGCGCCUGGUUGUUCCUACUGCGUUGGCAUCAACGAUGUUGAUGUGGCUGGGGAAGGAGAAGUGUGGCUCUCUUCACAGAACCGCAACUUUAGGAACCGAAUGGGCAAGGGAAGCUUUGGUAACAUCACGUGUGCAGCUGCUGUGGCUGCUUCGAGCUUCGACAUGGUUGUCACGGAUCCCAAGUUCUUGCUUGAUCAGCUGGACUGUGCAAAACUUGAGAGACUUGUCAAUGGAGGAAGAUCCAAUGUGCUCCAACCAGUACUAAGGAUUACCGAACCGAGACCCGAGAUAUCAUCCAACUCUGUCCCUGUUCUCCUCAACAAGGGCGAUUACGAUGUUCGAGCUACUACUCCGAGGGUCAUACAAUCGAAGGUGCAGCGCUUUGGUGAAAAUGUUGAUACUGAUGCAAUCAUUCCUGCUGAGUUCAUGCCAGGAGUUGAUAAUGCUGAUCUCGGAAGCCAUUGUUUCCAGUACUUCCGCCCUGAGUUUAGGGACAAGGCCAGGAAUGGCUCAGCUGUUAUUGUUGCCGAGAAUGGGUUUGGCAGUGGAUCUUCGCGGGAAGACGCAGUAAGAGCCCUGCAGGGAGCAGGUGUUGAGGCAGUAAUAGCGAAAGGUUUCGCAUUCAUCUAUGAGAGAAAUCAACUUAACAUGGGACUGUUCAGCAUAAAGAUCCAUGAUCAGCGGUUCUACGAGCUCGCGCUGGAAGACUCUAUCAUUACUAUCAACAAAGAUACCAAGACUAUCCGAAUCGAAGGCUCAGAUGUGAUUUUUCACUAUAUGCAGUCAGAAGUGGAGGAAGCUCUUGUUGAGUCUGGUGGUGUUCUUCCGUUAUAUAGCAAGCUUGGAAAAGGAGUAUUUCGGCAUCUGACGGCACCUAAAGUCAAGGGAGGAAAGAGAGUUGGGCAUGGCAAUGUUCCUGUCUCUGUAAAGAGCAGAGAAAGUACAGAUAUAUCAUGGUAG